UCAACCGGUUCUGCAGGUACAAGGUAAAAGUGAAAGUAAGUUGUGGUCUUUGUUAUUCGUCAUCGUCACUUUUAGCAGGUAAAUUCUUUUCAAUACGAAGUAUCAAAGUUUUUAUUUAAAAAAGCUUUUAUGGCGGUAGGCUAUGUACAUGGAUCUAGUUUUUGAAAAAAAAAAGGAUUUUGACAAUGUGAAUCUACAGAGAGUGAGCAUGGUGAUUGUUCAGUUUUAGAUGUGGAGAUCAACUUAACCUCUGCAGCUCCAUUAUGACUGAAACACAAACAUCCACAGAUGGAGAUUUUUCUCCAGAAUCCAGUUCCAAUCAACAAAAGAAAUCAGAUCCAGAGUUCAGCUGUGUGUCUAUAAAGAGUAACCUGUCUAUGAAACAGCCAACAACAUUUAAGAGUGAAGAUUCAUGUCCUGCUCUUAGUUCCAAUCAACAAAAGAAAUCAGAUCCAGAGUCCAGCUAUGUGUCUAUAAAGAGUAACCUGUCUAUGAAACAGCCAACAACAUUUAAGAGUGGAGAUCCAUGUCCUACUCUAAGUUCCAAUCAACAGAAUUCGGAUCCAGAGUUGAGCUGUGUGUCUAUAAAUAGUAACCUGUCUAUGAAACAGCCCACAACAUUUAAAAGUGGAGAUCCGUAUCCUGCUCUCAGGUCAGAUUUCACUCAACCACAAGACUGCAAUAAAGAUACGUAUCCUGGUUUAAGCCAUGACUUAAAUCCUGCAGAAGUUCUCCAAACAUUUAAAACAAAUCUGAGUGAGAAGUUUAAACUUUUGUGUGAAGGAACAUCAAAGCAGGGAAUCCCAAUACUGCUAAAUGAGAUCUACACAGACCUCUACAUUACAGAGAGUGGAACUGGAGAGAUCAAUAAUACACAUGAAGUGAGACAGAUUGAGACACAAUCUAGGAGAAUAGUACUAGAUGAGACACCAAUCAAAUAUAAUGACAUCUUUAAACCUUCACCUCCAAAAUACAAAGAAAUGACAUCAGAACAAAAUGACAUCAGAAGUGUGCUGACAAAGGGAGUCGCUGGCAUUGGAAAAACAGUCUCUGUGCAGAAGUUCAUUCUGGACUGGGCUGAAGGGAAAGCGAAUCAGGACGUCCACCUCAUAUUUCCACUUCCUUUCAGAGAGCUCAAUUUGAUGAAAGACCAGCAACUCAGUCUUUUAGAUCUUCUUCAUGUCUUCUUCCCUGAAACAAAAAAUAUUAAAAUAUUCAGUGAUGAAUAUAAAGUAUUAUUCAUCUUUGAUGGUUUGGAUGAGUGUCGCCUGUCUCUGGAUUUUCACAGCAGUGUGAGGUUGUGUGAUGUAAGUGAAUCUGCCUCGGUGGAUGUGCUGCUGAGAAACCUGAUCAAAAGGAGUCUAGUUCCCUCUGCUGUCAUUUGGAUCACCUCCAGACCAGCAGCUUCUGAUCUCAUCCCCUCCGAGUGUGUCGAUCGAGUCACAGAGGUAAGAGGCUUCAGUGACACAAACAAGAAGGAAUACAUCAGGAAGAGAAUCAGGGAUGAGAGUCUGGCCAACAGAAUCAUCUCACAUCUGAAGUCAUUAAGGAGUCUCUACAUCAUGUGUCACAUCCCAGUGUUCAGCUGUAUUUCAGUCACUGUUUUAGAGAGAAUAUUGAGUGAAGCAGAGAGUCAAGAGAUCCCCAAAACUCUCACUCAAAUGUACACACACUUCCUGAUCAUUCAGACAAACAUCAAACAUCAGAAGCACUAUGAGAAGAAAGAUGAAGACAUGAUCUUCAAACUGGGGAGACUGGCUUUUGAGCAGCUUGUGAAAGGCAAUUUGAUCUUCUAUGAUGAAGACCUGAGAGAGUGUGGCAUUGAUGUAGCAGAAGCAUCAGUGUACUCAGGAUUGUGUACUCAGAUCUUCAGAGAGGAGUUUGGCUUGUAUCAGAGGAAAGUUUACUGCUUUGUUCAUCUGAGCAUUCAGGAACACCUAGCAGCUCUUUAUGUGCACCUCAGUUUUAUACACGAUAAACAAAGUUUAUCUAACACCUUUUUGCAAACCACUUUAUCUGAUUUGCAUCGGAAGGCUGUGGAUGAGGCUUUAGAAAGCCAAAAUGGACAUCUGGACCUUUUUCUUUGUUUUCUUUUGGGUCUUUCAUUGGAGUCUAAUCAGAAUCUCCUACAAAGUCUGAUGACACAGACAGGUAGGAGCAGCUCCCACAGCAAUGAAAACACAGUCAAAUAUAUCAAACAGAAGAUCAACAAGAAGCUUCCCUCGGAGAAGUACAUCAAUCUGUUUCACUGUUUGAAUGAACUAGGUGAUCGUUCACUAGUAGAGGAAAUCCAACAUUAUCUGAAAUCUAAAACAUUGAGUGAGAACAAGCUCUCUUCAUCUCAGUGGUCAGCUGUAGUUUUUGUGUUGUUGACAUCAGAACAGGACAUAAAUGAGUUUAAUCUGAAGGAUUUUUUUAGAGGAAACAAGACUGAAACAUUGAAAGUUCUUCAAAAGCUCAUGCCUGUGAUUAAAGAAUCCAGAUCAGUUAACACUGGUAUAAGCACCUUGGACUUUUCGCAAAUAAUACCCCCAGAGAUCCACCGGUUGACGGACCCCUAUGCAGAGUACAGGGCACACCGGGCCAAGCCGACAGCGAGGAAAAGAGGGAGACGCGGUGGCGUGCGCCAGAGGCUUAGGAGACAGGGUCACAGGCGGAUACACCAUUCGACAAUCAUCCUCGCCAAUGUUCAGUCACUUCGGAACAAAGUGGACGAGCUUCAGGCAAACGUCAAGUUUCUAGCAGAGUAUAGCAACGCCUGUCUUCUCGCCUUCACAGAAACGUGGCUUAAGGAACAUGACAUACAGUCUGAUUUGGAGAUCAACAGUUUCGGAGUAAAUAGUUGGUGUAACACAGUGGUUGUCAGAGAGUCACUGUGUACGCCGGACAUUGAACCCUAAUUAUUUGUGACUCUUGUUUAUAUCCAUCCGAAGGCUAACGUCGAUAUGGCCACUCAAGCCAUGGCCACUUCCGUGCAGCGGCUUCAGGGGAUUUCCCCUGAUGCGCCGAUUUUAAUAAUGGGUGAUUUGAAUAACUGUAAACCAUGGAAGUCUCUCUGUAAUUUUUAUCAGUAUGUCACUUGCCCCACCCGUUACUCAAAGUGUUUGGACCUCUGUUAUGGGACGGUUAAAGGGGCUUACAAAUCUUUUCGUAGAGCUCCUCUUGGAUCGUCAGACCAUAAUUUGGUUCCUACGUAUAAAUCGGUCCGAAAGAGACUCAAAACGGAACGAAGAUUUGUUCCGGUAUGGUCAGAAGACUCUAUUCAGUGCCUCCAAGACUGUUUUACUAUCACUGAUUGGGAUGUGUUUAAAAAUGCCUGCCCGGAUUUAAAUGAAUUAACAGAAACUGUGUCUGCCUGUAUAUCAUUUUGUGAGGAAACAAUUAUUCCACAGAAAUCCUUCUCCAUUUACCCAAAUAUAAACCUUGGGUCUCAAAAUCAGUCAAAAGUAUAAUUAAGCAGAGAAACAUUAGUUUUAAUCAGGGCGACAUGAUACAGCACAGAGCACUUUCAAAACAGGUGAAGAAGGAGCUUAAGCUUGCUAAGUGUGCAUAUAAGGACAAAGUGGAAAACUUUUUGCAUGAUGGGAAUUCACGUCCUGCAUGGGAGGGCAUGAAUCCAUGAUAGGUUUGCAACCCAAAAAGGGUCCAUUUCUCUAGCUGGGAAAACUGACCUUGAUUUUUCUAAUGAAUUUAAUGUUUUUUAUAAUCGUUUUAAUGUUUAUGAUUUUAGUGAGGAGAUGUCUGUUUUUUAAAAUUGCUGAUUGUGUUCCUGUAAGUAAUAUUGUGCACAUUGAUAACUUUAUGGUCUAGAAACUCUUCCGUGGUAUCAAAGCAAGGAAAAGCCCAGGUCCUGAUGGGAUUGGGGGUAGGGUCCUGAAGAACUGUGCUGUUCUGCUGUCAGACAUUUUUUGUUUUAUCUUCCAGUUGUCCUUAGAGCUGCAUACGGUCCCCUGCCUUUGGAAGGAUUCAAUAAUUGUUCCUGUACCUAAGACCAAUAUUCCCAAGACCCUCCAUGAUUUUAGACCAGUAGCACUUACAUGUCUUGUUAUGAAAAGUUUGAAAGGCUAGUGAAGGAUGCACUUAUGGAUGCUGUACAGGAUAAGCUAGACCCUCUCCAGUUUGCUUAUAGGUUGGGCAGAGGUGUGGAUGACGCAACAGGGACACUUUUAAAUAUGGUUUUUAAACAUUUUGAGGAGGCUAGGUCCUUUGUUCGUCUACUAUUUAUUGAUUUCUCAUCUGCUUUUAACAGCAUUCAGCCUUAUGUUUUAGCAGACAGGCUGAAUAAUAUUUUUAACAUUGACAAUGGACUGAUCUGCUGGCUAAUGGAUUUUUUAACAAUAAGGUCACAAUGGGUGAGAGUGAACAGUGUUUUAUCAGAUGCCCUUUUACCUUCUACCGGGUCUCCCCAGGGCUGUGUCCUCUCCCCUCUUUUAUUUGUUUUAUACACGAAUGCAUGCCAAAGCCACUAUGAACGUCGUCACAUUAUUAAAUUUGCGGAUGAUACUGUUAUUGUGUCCCUCCUCAGCAGUGAUGACUCUGAACAUGGCCCUGUAACAGACAAGUUUUUUGAUUGGUGUAAAUCUUCUUUUUUACACAUUAAUGUGGCAAAAACUAAAGAGAUGAGCAUUGAUUUUAGAAGGAACUCUCCUGUCUUUUCCCCAGUUGUAAUGGACAAUCAACCAAUUGAACUCGUACAGCAGUACAAAUACCUCGGGACUGUGAUCGACAAUAAAUUGUGCUUUAUGUCACAUGGUAAUGCUGUGUAUAAAAAAGCACUUCAGGGUAUAUAUUUUCUUCGUAAGCUGAUUAGUUUUAAUGUUGAUACUGUUUUUAUGAAAAUUUUUUAUUCUUGUUUUAUUGAAUCAGUUCUUCUUUCUCUUUUAUUUGUUGGCACGGGUCACUUUCUACUAAACAGAAAACCCGCAUGCAAGGUAUUGUGAAGGUUUGCAGCAAAAUUGCGGGUACACCAUAUGACCUAAAUGAUCUGCAUGAGGCCAGAUUCUUAAAGUCGCGAGUUAUUCUGGCUGACCCGAGUCAUCCCUUAUGGGGUGAAUUUCGGUUGCUACCCUCUGGGCGCAGAUAUAGUCUGAUGAGAUGCAAUACAAAUAGACUGAGGAAGUCAUUCAUCCCAGCUGUUAUCCCUAUUGUUAACAGCAUCCUUUAAAUCAUGUAGUACUGUGGCGAUGUUUAUUGUUAUUUGUCUAUUUAUUGCUGUUGAUUUGUAUAUUUGUAUAUUUUUAUGUGUGUUACUGCGUGCUGUAACCCAAAUGGCCCCUCUGGGAUAAUAAAGUGGCCUUGACCUUGAUGAAACAAAGUUCCUAGAUUAAGAACAUCACAUUGCCAUGUUUAAGUGUGUGCUUGGAUUUUAUGCAAUAAACCAAUUUUGCAGUUAAAGAUUUAGAAAAAUGCUAACUUUAGCCUACUAGCAUUAAAAUCACGAUCCCAUUCUUCACUCAAAUCGCUCUCCAAAGCCACGCCUCCUUUAAAACAAUUAACAAAGUGAUUGCUAUCAGUAUAUGAGGAAACUUUUAACCAAUGUGACUAAAAUGUUUCUGGAUAAAAUCAGCGACACUGCCUUUAAACAGUUUUGCAGUUUAGCUGCAAAACAGAUAGCCUGGUAAUACCAUUCUCUGCUACUUUGCUUCGCUUCGUAGACAGAGUAUGGCUGGGCAUAAUUGAUAAGCGUUUACCUUCUCAUGGGGGGGUUGGUCUGAAGUUUAGAAUCAUUGGUGUAAACGUAAGCCAAUCAUAUAAUGUUUGGUUAAGACGUGUGUUAUGUGCCACGGCUCUCUGCCCACCCUCUGUUCGUUGAUUGGAGCGGCCAUUUUGGAGCCAAAGGAAAACGGUUAAAAUGGGAGAUAUCUCAGACUAAGUACAGAAGCAAAAUGAAAUAGAGCGGAGGUACGAAGUCUGACGUAGUGAGGCUACAAAACAGGUGUGCUAUGCAGAAUUUUCAGUUACUGCCUUUAAACAUGACAUUCAGACUUGCCCAACCUCUUGGAAUAAUGCCAGUUGUACAAGUUCCCUAACUCCAUUUUAGCGGCACAACUGUAAUGAUAACUCUAUAAUUCUACCCAAUCUGAAGUGGCACUAAAGUGCAAUGAAAAAGCAAACCGAACCAAAGUAAAGCCAGUCAAGCCGCGUAGUGCCACACAAUGGAAAACGCUUAAAGAUUGCCUCCUAGAAACUUCCCAAACCCCCAAAACACAGGCAAAGGACAGUGUUUCUAUAGACAGAAACACCACCACACACUUU